AUGAGCCAGAGAAACCACACCAACAUCAAGGAGUUCGUCUUCGUGGAACUCACUCACUUCCGGGAGCUGGAGUUUUUCUUGUUUAUGGUCUUCCUGGCUGUGUAUGUCACAACCGUGCUGGGCAACGCCCUCAUCGUGGUGACCAUCACCUGCGAGUCUCACCUCCACACUCCCAUGUACUUUCUCCUGCGGAACAAAUCCAUCUUGGACAUUGUUUUCUCAUCAGUCACUGUCCCCAAGUUCCUGGUGGAUCUUUUAUCUGAGAGGAAAGCCAUCUCCUACAAUGGCUGCAUGGCCCAGAUUUUCUUCUUCCACUUCGCUGGUGGUGCAGAUAUUUUUUUCCUCUCUGUGAUGGCCUACGACAGAUACCUGGCCAUCUCCAGACCCCUACAUUAUGUGUCAAUUAUGAGGAGAGAGGUGUGGAUGUCCUUGAUCAUAGCUUCCUGGGUGGGCGGGGCCCUGCAUUCAUUUGUUCAGAUAAUUCUGAUGCUUCCUCUCCCAUUCUGUGGGCCUAAUAUCCUGGAUGCCUUCUACUGCGACGUGCCCCAAGUGGUUAAGCUGGCCUGCACCGACACCUUCGUUCUAGAGCUCCUCAUGAUCUCCAACAACGGGCUGGUGACCCUGCUUUGGUUCCUCCUGCUGCUGGCAUCAUACACGGCCAUCUUGGUGAUGCUGAGGUCCCAUUCUGGCGAGGGCCAAAAGAAAGCCCUCUCCACGUGCACCUCCCACAUCCUGGUGGUGACUCUUCACUUCAUGCCCUGCAUCUACAUCUACUGCCGGCCCUUCACUACGCUGCCCAUGGACACGGCUGUGUCCAUCAACAACACGGUCAUCACCCCCAUGCUGAACCCCAUGAUCUACUCCCUGAGGAACCAAGAGAUGAAGUCGGCCAUGAAGAGACUUCAGAGAAAGCUUGGGCCUUCUGAGGAUAAUAAGCUGAGGUGA